UCACGAGUGAAGAGGAUGCCACUACUCGAGGCAUUUUACUUUGGAUUUUGAAUAUAAAAUAUAAUAUAUAAUAAGUUACUGAAACGCUCUGAAAAUGCAGACCGUGAGAAAACGUCGCAGUCCUCCAUCCUCAGCACAGAUGAGUUCUCCGUCUGCUCUGAAGGAUCACUCACCACCGAGGAGAAAGCACUUCCACCUGGACCUGUGGAUGGGCCUGACCCUGCAGAACUGGAUUCUGGACUUUGGAAGGCCUAUAGUCAUGAUCAUCCUUCCACUGGAGUGGUUCCCACUGAACAAGCCCAGUGCGGGGGACUAUUUUCACAUGGCCUACAAUGUUCUGACUCCCUUCAUUAUGCUCAAGCUGAUAGAGCGCAGCCCGCAGACUGUGCCGCGCUCUGCAGUCUACCUCUGCAUUAUCACCUUCGUCAUGGGCGCCAGCAUCCACCUAGUGGGAGACUCCAUCAACCACCGCCUCCUGCUGAGCGGAUACCAGCUCCACCUAUCAGUGAGAGACAACCCCAUCAUCAAGGACCUCAAGCCUGCCUCUCUGAUCGAUUCCUUUGAGCUGCUCUACUAUUACGACGAGCAGCUUGGACACCUCAUGUGGUAUAUUCCGUUCUUCAUCAUCCUGCUCAUCUACUUCUGUGGAUGCUUUAGCCAGGCCAAAGAGCAGACGCUCCCAGUGUCCGGGUGGCUGCUGCUGGGGCCCAGUGCCCUCUACUACUGGUACUUGGUGACGGAGGGUCAGAUCACGGAGCUCUUCCUCGUCACCCUUGGGUGCAUGGGCGCUGUGUGGGUGCUGCAGACGCGCCGCGGCCUGGCUCUGGACAGUAACGGCCGGUUCCUGCUGCUCAGCUUCGGCCUGGCGCUGCUCCUGGUGGGACUGUGGGUGGGCUUCCUCUGGGACGACCCCACCCUCCGCGCCAAGUACCCGGGUCUGGUGUAUGUGCCCGAGCCCUGGUCCUACUACACCCUGCACAUCAAGAACACACACUGACAGCAGGGGGCGCUAGAGGAAAGCCGGUGGUAACGGGUGAUAGGGUACUGAACGAUGCACUGUGCAGGUUUGUGGAGUGGGGCUGCGUGAUAUGACCGUGAAAAUGUAAUAGGCUGUGUUCACAAUCAGCUGAUGCUUGGACCUGGACGUGACAUCACAUCAUUUUUAUCUAAAGCAGAUCUACCAUAUUUUCUGAACUAUUGGGCGCACCUGAAUAUAUGCCGGAACAACUAAAUUUGAACAAAAUUUUAAAAAAUUGUACAUAUAUAGACCGCACCUGAAUACAAGUCCACGUCUUUAAGAACGUUUUCAAGUUCAGGCCGUCUGCUUUUAUCGUCUCUGAAAACUUUUGUUGUCUUUUUGCUUUGAGUCAGUUCGUCACACUGCCGUUGCCAAAGUCUCACCAUCAACUCACUGAUGCUGAGCUCACAUGUAGCAGCUCUGUUUCCUUCUUCCACAGUCACAGCAAUCGCCGUUAACUUAAAAGCUGCAUCAUCUGCAUUUCUUAGUGUGUUUUCCAUGAGGAGGGUGUGUGUAUGAAGCGCAAAAUAACAGUUCAAAACACAAACAAACGAGCAUCUUCCUCAGCGCAUCACCCCGUCUCUCCCUGCGCAUGUCUCCUGCAGAAAGAGUCUCUGUUCUGUUUGUAUCAUGUCAGUGUCUUGGAGGAUUUCAGCAGAUUUCAGACUCUCUCUGGGACGGGGUUAGUUCUGUCAAUCAGGUCUGAGUGGUUGUGCGGCUACUGAAGUUUGAGACGUUUCUUCUCGUCAUUUACACAUAUGGGUAAGACGUAUCCCCCUCACUAAUGUUCACUUAGCAUUGUAACUUAAUUUAUCAAACGGCGAUAAACUAUUUGAGUGUGCUGACAAUAUCACGAGAUAGUGUAACAACUUCAUGUUAAAGGGACAGUUCAGAAUUUUGGACAUAGGGUCCCAUUUCCUAGUGAGCCAGAGUG